GCCGCCAACUCGGGAACGGGAGCAGGAGGCCAUUGGAAAACUUUGGGCAAGAUGGCCCGGCGGUGAUUUCCGUGCCCGUCUCUCCUGCGCCCGGCCUCUGCGCCGCAGGCCCAGCCCCCAAGCCUCGCACGUGCUGCAGCCCCCGCCCGGCCCCGGCCCCUCCUGCCCAUGGCGGUGGCCGAGCUGUACACGCAGUACAACAGAGUCUGGAUUCCCGAUCCUGAAGAAGUUUGGAAGUCUGCUGAAAUAGCCACGGACUACAGAGUUGGUGACAAGGUCCUGCGACUCCUGCUGGAGGAUGGAACGGAGCUGGAUUAUUCCGUCAAUCCAGAAUCUCUGCCUCCACUUCGGAAUCCUGACAUCCUCGUGGGCGAGAAUGACCUCACGGCUCUCAGCUAUCUCCAUGAGCCCGCGGUGCUCCACAACCUCAGGAUCCGCUUUGCAGAAUCCAAACUCAUUUACACCUACAGUGGAAUCAUUUUGGUGGCCAUGAAUCCUUACAAGCAGUUGCCAAUAUACGGAGAUGCCAUCAUCCACGCCUACAGCGGGCAGAACAUGGGCGAUAUGGACCCACACAUAUUUGCCGUGGCAGAAGAGGCAUACAAGCAGAUGGCCAGAAACAACAGAAACCAGUCCAUAAUUGUAAGCGGAGAGUCGGGUGCUGGAAAGACAGUGUCAGCUCGCUAUGCCAUGAGGUACUUCGCCACCGUCAGCAAAUCGGGCAGCAACGCUCACGUGGAGGACAAGGUCCUGGCGUCCAAUCCCAUCACUGAGGCCGUCGGAAAUGCCAAGACCACCCGCAAUGACAAUAGUAGUCGGUUUGGGAAAUACACAGAAAUCAGUUUUGAUGAACAAAAUCAAAUUAUAGGAGCCAACAUGAGAACUUACCUCCUGGAGAAAUCCAGAGUUGUCUUUCAAUCGGAAAAUGAACGAAAUUACCACAUUUUCUAUCAGCUUUGUGCAUCUGCACAGCAGUCGGAAUUUAAACAUCUUAAAUUGGGGAGUGCCGAAGAAUUUAAUUAUACGAGAAUGGGAGGCAAUACUGUCAUUGAGGGUGUGAAUGAUCGAGCUGAAAUGGUAGAGACUCAAAAGACCUUCACGCUACUGGGUUUCAAGGAGGAUUUUCAGAUGGACAUUUUUAAAAUCCUGGCAGCCAUCCUACAUCUGGGCAACGUGCAGAUCACCGCGGUGGGCAACGAGAGGUCCUCAGUUAGUGAGGAUGACAGUCACCUGAAGGUGUUCUGUGAGCUCCUGGGCCUGGAGAGUGGCAGAGUUGCUCAGUGGCUGUGCAAUCGCAAAAUCGUCACGAGCUCUGAGACGGUGGUAAAACCCAUGACCAGGCCUCAGGCUGUCAACGCCAGGGAUGCACUGGCCAAAAAGAUCUAUGCUCACCUGUUCGACUUCAUUGUGGAGAGAAUUAACCAAGCGUUGCAGUUUUCAGGCAAGCAGCACACUUUUAUUGGUGUUUUGGACAUUUAUGGUUUUGAAACCUUUGAUGUGAACAGCUUUGAACAAUUUUGCAUCAAUUACGCGAAUGAAAAACUGCAACAACAGUUUAACAUGCAUGUCUUCAAACUGGAACAAGAAGAAUACAUGAAGGAAGAUAUCCCUUGGACGCUGAUAGAUUUCUAUGACAAUCAACCGGUUAUUGAUCUGAUUGAAGCAAAAAUGGGAAUUCUGGAGUUACUGGAUGAAGAAUGUUUGUUACCACAUGGAACUGAUGAAAACUGGCUUCAAAAGCUGUAUAAUAAUUUUGUCAACAAGAACCCUUUGUUUGAAAAGCCUAGAAUGUCGAACACAUCCUUUGUCAUCCAGCACUUUGCUGAUAAGGUACUGCGAAGGUCUCCAGCAAUGCCGUCGACCCCAGAACCCACACAGCCUCCAGAAGGAGUAGGCAGGCCGGGAAUGUUUCUGGUAGAGUAUAAAUGUGAAGGUUUCCUGGAGAAGAACAGAGACACCGUCUAUGACAUGCUGGUUGAAAUCCUGAGAGCAAGCAAGUUUCAUCUCUGUGCCAACUUUUUUCAAGAAAAUCCAGCUCCUCUUUCUCCUUUUGGUUCAAUGAUUACAGUUAAAUCUGCAAAGCAAGUCAUCAAGCCAAACAGCAAGCAUUUCCGGACCACGGUUGGGAGCAAGUUCCGCAGCUCUCUGUACUUGCUCAUGGAGACCCUCAAUGCGACAACGCCCCACUACGUUCGAUGCAUCAAGCCAAAUGAUGAGAAGUUACCCUUCGAAUUUGACUCCAAAAGAAUUGUUCAGCAGCUGCGGGCCUGCGGUGUUUUAGAAACGAUUCGCAUUAGUGCACAGAGCUACCCUUCCAGGUGGACAUACAUCGAGUUCUACAGUCGCUACGGCAUUCUCAUGACCAAGCAAGAGCUUUCCUUCAGCGAUAAAAAGGAGGUGUGCAAGGCGGUUUUACACAGACUCAUUCAGGAUUCUAAUCAGUACCAGUUUGGUAAAACCAAAAUUUUCUUCAGAGCAGGACAAGUGGCUUAUUUAGAGAAACUUCGAUUGGAUAAACUGAGGCAGAGUUGUGUUGUGAUACAAAAGCACAUUCGUGGCUGGCUCCAGAGGAAAAAAUUCCUCCGGGAGAGACGAGCCGCCCUGAUAAUCCAGCGGUACUUCCGGGGUCAGCAAACCGUGAGGAAAGCUAUUACUGCAGUGGCCUUAAAAGAAGCCUGGGCAGCCAUAAUCAUUCAGAAGCACUGCCGCGGGUAUCUUGUUCGCAACCUGUAUCAGCUGAUUCGCGUGGCCACCAUCACCAUCCAGGCCUACACCCGAGGAUUCCUGGCAAGGAGGAGGUAUCGAAAGAUGCUGGAGGAACACAAGGCUGUGAUCCUGCAGAAAUACGCACGGGCGUGGCUGGCCAGACGCAGAUUCCAGAGUAUCCGACGAUUCGUGCUCAAUAUUCAGCUUACUUACAGGGUCCAGCGUUUGCAGAAAAAACUGGAAGAUCAGAACAAAGAAAACCAUGGGCUGGUGGAGAAGCUGACCAGCCUGGCUGCUCUUCGAGCCGGGGAUGUGGAAAAGAUUCAGAAGCUGGAAGCAGAACUAGAAAGAGCAGCCGCCCACAGGCGAAGUUAUGAGGAGAAGGGGAAGAGAUACAGGGAUGCUGUGGAGGAGAAGUUGGCAAAGCUUCAGAAGCAUAAUUCAGAACUGGAAACACAGAAAGACCAAAUACAGCUGAAGCUUCAAGAGAAGACUGAAGAGUUGAAAGAAAAAAUGGACAACCUCACCAAGCAGCUCUUUGAUGAUGUACAAAAGGAAGAACGGCAAAGAAUGCUUCUUGAAAAAAGUUUUGAACUGAAAACACAAGACUAUGAGAAGCAGAUUCAGUCUUUGAAAGAAGUAAUUAAAGCUCUCAAGGAUGAGAAGACGCAACUCCAACAGCUGGUAGAGGAGGAGCACGUCACUUCUGAUGGCUUGAAGGCAGAAGUGGCCCGCCUGAGCAAGCAGGCCAAGACAAUCUCUGAGUUCGAAAAAGAGAUACAGCUACUUCAGGCACAGAAGAUAGAUGUGGAGAAACAUGUGCAGUCACAAAAACGGGAAAUGAGAGAAAAGAUGUCGGAGAUCACCAAACAACUUCUCGAAAGCUAUGACAUUGAAGAUGUAAGAAGCAGGCUCUCUAUGGAAGAUUUGGAACAUUUAAAUGAGGAUGGAGAACUUUGGUUUGCUUAUGAAGGACUGAAGAAAGCAACACGUGUUUUGGAGAGCCAUUUCCAGUCUCAGAAGGAGUGCUACGAAAAGGAGAUUGAAGCUUUGAAUUUCAAAGUGGUGCAUCUAAGUCAAGAAAUCAACCACCUGCAGAAGUUAUUCAGAGAAGAAAAUGACAUCAAUGAAAGCAUCCGUCUUGAAGUGACCAGGCUAACAUCAGAGAAUAUGAUGAUCCCAGACUUUAAACAGCAAAUUUCAGAAUUGGAGAAGCAGAAGCAAGAUCUUGAAAUCCGCCUGAAUGAACAAACCGAGAAAAUGAAAGGAAAACUAGAAGAAUUGUCUAAUCAGUUAAAUCGCAGUCAAGAGGAGGAAGGAACACAAAGAAAGGCCAUGGAAGCCCAGAAUGAAAUACAUACCAAAGAGAAGGAGAAGCUGAUUGAUAAGAUUCAAGAAAUGCAGGAGGCCAGUGACCACUUGAAGAAACAAUUUGAAACUGAAAGUGAAGUCAAGAGUAACUUCUGGCAGGAAGCAUCUCGGCUCACUUUGGAAAACAGGGAUCUUGAAGAAGAAUUAGACAUGAAGGACAGAGUGAUUAAAAAGCUACAAGAUCAAGUCAAGACACUAAGCAAGACAGCUGGAAAAGCCAAUGAUGUGCACUCGUCCUCAGGACCUAAGGAGUACCUUGGAAUGCUGCAAUACAAGAGAGAAGAUGAGGCCAAGCUCAUUCAGAACCUCAUUCUUGACUUGAAGCCCCGUGGCGUGGUGGUGAACAUGAUCCCCGGGCUGCCGGCUCAUAUCCUGUUCAUGUGUGUGCGCUACGCAGACUCUCUGAAUGAUGCCAACAUGCUGAAGUCCCUCAUGAACAGCACCAUUAAUGGCAUCAAGCAGGUGGUUAAGGAACAUUUAGAAGACUUUGAAAUGCUGUCCUUUUGGCUUUCCAACACUUGCCAUUUUCUCAAUUGCCUGAAGCAGUACAGCGGAGAAGAGGAAUUCAUGAAGCAUAAUAGUCCACAUCAGAAUAAGAAUUGCUUGAACAAUUUUGACCUUUCAGAAUACAGACAGAUUCUCAGUGAUGUGGCUAUACGAAUAUAUCAUCAAUUUAUUAUCAUAAUGGAAAAGAAUAUCCAACCAAUAAUAGUGCCAGGCAUGCUGGAGUACGAGAGCCUGCAGGGCAUUUCCGGCCUGAAGCCCACAGGCUUCCGGAAGCGCUCCUCCAGCGUAGACGACACGGACGCCUACACCAUGACCUCCGUCCUGCAACAGCUGAGUUACUUCUACACCACCAUGUGCCAGAACGGCCUGGACCCCGAGCUCGUGAGGCAGGCGGUGAAGCAGCUCUUCUUCUUGAUCGGGGCGGUCACGCUGAACAGCCUCUUCCUGCGCAAGGACAUGUGCUCCUGCAGAAAAGGGAUGCAGAUCAGGUGCAAUAUCAGCUACUUAGAAGAAUGGCUUAAAGAUAAGAAUUUGCAGAACAGCUUAGCAAAGGAAACGUUGGAGCCCCUCUCUCAGGCAGCCUGGUUGCUUCAGGUCAAGAAGACCACAGACAGUGAUGCUAAGGAGAUCUACGAACGCUGCACCUCACUGUCUGCUGUACAGAUCAUAAAGAUCCUUAAUUCAUACACGCCUAUAGAUGACUUUGAGAAGAGAGUGACUCCAUCCUUUGUUCGCAAAGUACAGGCUCUCCUAAAUAGCCGCGAGGAUUCAUCACAGCUGAUGUUGGAUACCAAAUAUCUCUUUCAAGUCACAUUUCCUUUUACCCCCUCUCCACAUGCUCUGGAAAUGAUUCAGAUCCCCAGCAGUUUCAAGCUAGGCUUUCUGAAUAGGUUAUAGCAGUAGAAAAAGUCAAUGCACUUUUUCCUCAAAAGCUAAGUGAAGGUUCACUAUGAGGGAUGUGGUUUAUUAAUUGGCAGUGGAAAUUGGAAUGUGAUUUAAGGAAGAAAAUAGACUUUUCUCAAAUGGACCACAUCAUCUCUCAUCCACAGUGACAGUGCUGCUGCUGCAAUUUUGUAAGAAUUCACACACACCAGCUGUAGUUGGAAAAACCAUGUCUCACUCUCAAAUCUCAGCUGGUUUUGACUGAAAUUCCUGGAGGGCUUAUAUUUUCUUCCACGUGCCUCUUGAUCUGUUCUGUGUGUGGCAGGGCUCUACCAGGAGGGAGUGAGAUCUGGGGACACAGUGGCUUCCAAGUUUUCUAAGGUUCCUGUGAAGCCUGAGUACAUUUACAAAGCUGCAAGUGGAUUCCAGGGCUCAGUCUUCCAGGAAAUAAUCCCAUCUGGCCACCAUGGCCUGCCAAGAGCUCUCUUGCCCCAUGCCUGCUGGGGGCGGAAGGUUUUCAUGAAUUCGUUUUAAUGAAAAUGCCCUGCACUGAGAAAUGUUUAUUUUAGAAAAGUGAGCCAGGCAUGGUGGUGGGCGCCUGUAGUCCCAGGUACUCGGGAAGCCGAGUUGGGAGAACAGCGUGAACCCGGGAGGCAGAG